CAUUUCAAAUUUUCAAACUCCCGAGAGCGGUUGCGGCGGUGUCGAUACAGCGGCUCCUGAAUCCAUCCGAAUCCGAACGAAUCGCAUCCAGCCAGAUAUCCUGCAUUUGCCGUGGACUGAAACCCGAAUCCGAGUUCGAAUCGAAGCGCAGUGGUGGUUUCUCUCUCUCUUUGUCUAUCUCCCUCUCUCUCGCUCUCGCGUGUGUGUAUGUGUGCGAGUGGCAGGAAAAGUGCGAAGCCGAAAUCUUUUUAGCUGAAAGAAAGAAAGCGCAACUUCAAUUAGCAAAAGCAAGAGUAGUAGUAAAAGAAAAGUAGACGAAGAAAAACCGUAAAGAAAAAAAAAAAAAAACUAACAAAUAAUAUAAUGGCAAGCGAAGUGGCCCAAAUACCUGCCGAGGAAACGCCCGCAGUGGCGGCGGCGGAAAAGCCAGAGGAGCCGGAAAAGCCAGCGGCCCAGCCAGCGGACUCGGCGGCGGCACCAGCUGCCGCCCCCGCAGUGGAGAAGGCGGAGGACUCGGAGGCCGCCGCCGACAAGAAGGACGAGGCCGUUAAGCAGGACAACGAGGAGCCCAAAAAGGAGGAGGCGGUGGCCGCCGCCGUGGCUGCCAAAUCGGAAGCCCCGCCCGCCCAGAAAUUCAAUGUGCACAAGACCAACUUCGAGAAGGACAUCAUCUAUCUGUACCAGUUUUCGCGCACCCCGCUGCUGCCCUCCUUAUCGCCGUACUGCUUGAAGGUGGAGACCUGGCUGCGUCUGGUGGGCCUGAAAUACGAGAAUGUCGAUCAUAAGAUGCGUUUCCGCUCCAAGAAGGGUCAGCUGCCGUUCAUCGAGCUGAACGGGGAGGAGAUUGCCGAUUCGGCCAUUAUCAUCAAGGAACUGUCGUCCAAGUACGAGAAGAACCUGGACUCGGGACUCACCGCCGAGCAGAGGAACGUGUCGUACGCCACGAUUGCCAUGCUGGAGAACCAUCUCAUCUGGAUCAUCUUCUACUGGCGCGCCAAGUAUCCGGACAAUGUGCUCAAGGGCUACAAGGUCAACUUGCAGCACGCCCUCGGCCUGCGGCUGCCCAACUCGAUUCUGAACUUCUUCUUUAAGAUCACCUUUGGUCGCAAGUGGUUCCAGGGCACGAAGAAGCUGAAGGCGCAUGGCAUCGGCGUCCACAGCGCCGAGGAGAUCGAGGAGUUCGGCAAGAACGACCUGAAGGUCCUCAGCGAGAUGCUCGACUGCAAGCCGUUCUUCUUCGGCGACGAACCGACCACUUUGGAUGUGGUGGCUUUCGCGGUCCUCUCGCAGCUCCACUAUCUGUCCAAGGACAUUGCGUAUCCGCUGCGCGACUACAUGACCGAGAAGUGCCCCAACUUGAUUGGCCACGUUUCGCGCAUGAAGGACAAGUGCUUCCCCGACUGGGACGAGAUCUGCACGAAGCUGGACCUCAAUGCGCACAUUCCCAAGCCAGAGCCCGAGACCAAGGAGGGCAAGGAGGGCGGCGAGCAGGAGAAAUCAAACGAACAGGAGGGCACUGAGGGCGACAAGAUCGAGAAGGAGUUGGAGAAGGACAAGUCGAACGAGAAGGAGUCGACCGAGGAGAACAAAGAGAAGGAGGAAACAAAGUAAUUUCGCCGUUAGUUAUAUGCGUACAUAUAUCUAGUAUAUGUGUAUGAUCGAAGGAAACAAAAACACCCACAUACACACACAUUAUAUAUAUAUACAUAUGUAGUACGAUACUAUAUAGUAAGGCCCUAUAUAGCUAGGCGCUGCGCUCUCAUAUAUAAGCAUUCAGACAUCAGAAAACCACUCGAAAAACCAAACAAAAAAAAGAAACCAUUAAGAAAACACCCAUUUACACACACCUAGGACAACUGUAAAGCAAAACGCAGGCAAAAACCAUCAGCAAGAGAACGAUCCACUAAGUAAUGAGAAAAACAAAAAAACAUAUAUACAAUAACGUAACGUAAAACUUUGGACAUCUUUUUUUUAUAUAUUUACACGACGACGUUUGUAUUACAAGAACAAGAAACAAAAAGCGAAAAAUUCAAGAAAAUGCAAAAAAAAACCGUAAAAACCAUUUAGUAUAAAAUUAUAAAAGUUUAUACGUAUAAAUAUUAAGAAGAUGAAUGAAAGCGAUGAGAGCGGGGGGAGAAAUUAUAAAAAAUUAGUUAAAGAACUCGAAUAAAACAAAGAACAAGUGAGCAAAACGUGAGUAAGAAGAGUGAAGCCCGAUAGGAGGAAAAGUUAGGGAGGUGUAGAACAGCAUACAAUACGCAUUAAUCAUUAGUUUUCAUUCAAAAGCGAUCUAUAUAAUACACUCAUCCACACUCACACUCCCACUCACUCUCACAGACACACACACACACACAUAUAGCAUAUGCAGCAACAAUUGCAACUCGAUGGUAUUGUUUACUCUUCCAAAAUUGAUUAAGCUUAAAGUAAAGAAAAGGAUCCGCAACCAGUACGAUAGGAGGAUAUGAUAUGAUAUGAUAGUGAUGGUUAGUAGGGAUGGCAU